AAAUUUCCCUAUAUUAGACGUAAACUACUACUAAAUGUGAUGACGAAAAAUCAAUGGUGGAAGCUGAUUGGUUAAGAGAUCGAAUUACUAGAAGUGAGUUUUGUGUAUUGUAUGGCAUCGUCAUUCUUUUCCUCCGGUUGGAAGUGAUUAUAUAUAAACGCGUAUAUUUUCCGAAAAUCGCAAAGGAGAGAUCAUUUGGAAUAACGAUUAUAAUACCUGUUUUUUGGUGAUAUAUAACUGUCGAACAUGGUACCGGGUGAAAACACCCAAAUGGUACCGGUUGAGGGAAGUCUUUGUGCUGCUGAUGAACCUCGAGCAUUAUGCAUUGUUCGGGAUAUGACAAAUGCUCAAUCACAAAAUUGGAAAAUCACUUUAAACCUUCCAGCUUCAACAACAGCAGAACAAUUGGUAGAAGAAGUAGGAAAGAAAUGUCAUUAUCAUCCUGAUUCCUUUGAAAUUGUCUUACAAAGAUUACCAGAUAUGGAGCCUGUUGUUGUUAAUGAAGAAGGCAGUCAUUCGUUAGAAGAACUUGGUUUUCGUUGUGGAGAAAAUGCAAGGAAUAUUUUAAUAAUUAGCAAUAAAAAUGGUGAACCACCAAGAAAAACAGAGUUUUCAGAUGACAAAACAUUAAAUCUUGAAAAAAUAAAAUCAGAAAAUUCUAAUUCAAAAGCUUCAGGAUCUUCAGAAGUAAUUUCUUUACCUCCUUCAGUACCACCUUAUACUUCCAGUUCAUCAGCAUUCACUUCACCACCACCAUCAAUACCUCCAUAUAGUCCUAAUUCUACAGAUUUCUCAUAUGGUUACAAUUACAGUAGUUCAUUAAUAAGACAAGAAACAGUUCCCUUCAGUUCUUCUUGGGUUUGCUUUAAUGCUUCUGGAAGAGUUGUUGUUAAUGAAGAAGGCAGUCAUUCGUUAGAAGAACUUGGUUUUCGUUGUGGAGAAAAUGCAAGGAAUAUUUUAAUAAUUAGCAAUAAAAAUGGUGAACCACCAAGAAAAACAGAGUUUUCAGAUGACAAAACAUUAAAUCUUGAAAAAAUAAAAUCAGAAAAUUCUAAUUCAAAAGCUUCAGGAUCUUCAGAAGUAAUUUCUUUACCUCCUUCAGUACCACCUUAUACUUCCAGUUCAUCAGCAUUCACUUCACCACCACCAUCAAUACCUCCAUAUAGUCCUAAUUCUACAGAUUUCUCAUAUGGUUACAAUUACAGUAGUUCAUUAAUAAGACAAGAAACAGAAUUUGUUGGACUUGUCAAUCAGGCAAUGACUUGCUAUUUGAAUAGUUUACUUCAGACACUUUAUAUGACACCUGAAUUUAGAAAUGCUUUAUAUAGGUGGGAAUUUGAUGGUACUGAAGAAGAAGGUGUUAAAAGUAUUCCUUUUCAGUUGCAGAAAUUAUUCAUGCAAUUACAAACUAGUAAGAAACCUGCAGUUGGUACAACAGAACUCACAACAAGUUUUGGCUGGGACAGUAGUGAAGCUUGGCAACAACAUGAUGUUCAGGAAUUAUGUAGAGUUAUGUUUGAUGCAUUAGAACAAAAGUUUAAAGAUACAGAACAAGCUGAUCUUAUCAGUCGCUACUAUGAAGGAAAACUUAAAGAUUAUGUCAAAUGUUUAGAGUGUGGGUAUGAAAGUGCAAGAGAAGACACCUUUUUAGAUAUACCACUUGUAGUUCGACCAUUUGGAUCAACACAGGCAUAUGGGAGUGUGGAAGAAGCACUUCGUGCAUUUGUAACACCUGAAACUUUAGAAGGAUCAAACCAGUAUUUUUGUGAACAGUGUAAUAAAAAAUGUGAUGCACACAAGGGAUUAAAAUUCAUAAGAUUUCCUUAUCUUCUUACUCUUCAAUUAAAAAGAUUUGAUUUUGAUCCAGUGACUAUGCAUCGAAUUAAGUUGAAUGACAGGGUAACAUUUCCUGAAAUAUUGAAUUUAAAUGAAUUUUUAAAACCUGAAUGUGAGCUUGAAAGCCCUUUGAUUGAUGAUGGUGAUACAACUGAUAGUGGAUCAGCUUUAGAUGAUGAUAAUGCUUGUUAUCAAGGAAGUUUAAAAGUAGGAUCUUCACUUUCGUCAGAAGGAAUUAGUGACGAAGUUGUUGAUGAAGAUGAAGGAAUUGAUUUAGCUUCAAAUGGACAAUCCAUGAUUAGCAAUAGUGAAGUAUCAGCAAAUGAACGUAAUCUUCGUAAAUCAAUGGAAAAGGGCCCAUAUGUUUACGAAUUAUUUUCCAUCAUGGUUCAUUCUGGAAGUGCAAAUGGGGGCCAUUAUUAUGCUUACAUUAAAUCAUUUAAGGAUGGGCAUUGGUAUUGCUUUAAUGAUGCACAAGUUACAAGGAUAACAUAUGAUGAUAUUAGAAAAACUUAUGGAGGAGGUACUGCAAGAGGUUAUUAUUCAAGUGCAUAUUCUAGUAAAGAAAACACUGUCAUAAGAAACUAUGAUUCUCUAAAAUUAAAGAUUGAAAUUUUAGAACCAAUUAGUGUUGAAGAAUUUCCUGAACACAUUAAGGCAUUACUUCAAAGCAUGCAAGAACAGGAAGAAAGAGAACGUCAGCAAAGAGAAUUAGAUAGAAUCAUGUGUAAGAUUAAAUUGUUUUGUCAGCAUCCCUUACAAAAUAGAAUGGUUGAAAUGAGAUUAAAAGUUAAUAAAGAUUGUACAUUAGCAGAAGCUACUGCUACUGCUCAUAAGAUAAUGGGAUUGGAAGGAACAGUUCCUGUAGAAUGUUGUCGUCUUGUAAAAUAUGAUGAAUUUCAUGAUUCAUUAGAAUGCUCUUUUGAAGGAUGUGAAGAACAAUCAAUGGAAGAAAUUUUGGGUGGUGUAAAAUCAAGUUAUAAGUUUGAUUUACUUUUGGAGAUUCGUAAACCUCAUGAAAGAUUUGAAGAAUAUAAGAUUGGAGGGACAACAGUAAAAGUUCAUGUUAUAGAUGUGGAAAAUGAGGAAAUUUCUCCUUUUAUUACAAUAAGAGGACAUUUAAAUGAAUCUGUAGAAGAAUUUAAACAAAGAAUUGCACAAGUUCUUGGAGUUGAUGCCACAAAUAUGAGAGUUGUAUUAGAAAUGUAUAGAAAUGAUUUGAGAUACCUUUCUACUCCAAACAAAACAUUAAAAUCUGAAGGAUUUAGUAGAAGUUCAAAGGUUUUUGUUGAAUACAAAGAUACAGUUGAUGCUGCUAAACCUUUUCCAUCAUCUAAAUUUUAUCAAAUUUUAGACCGUUAUGAAAAUACAAUUUGUAUUCAUGUUGCACUUCCUAGAGUGGAUAAAGAAGUAUUGCAAAGACUUGGAAUUCCUUCCAGCAAUGAGGGUGUUCAGAAUUGUAAAGAGGAAUCUGAUGGUUUAAAUGACUCAGGUUUAGGUGAUAGAAUGGGGGAGAUUUCAUCAUUAGAUUUACCAAAAAAUAGUCCCAUUUUGGUAUCAUCUGAUGCAUCACAAGAUUAUGAUGAAGGUCUAGGUGAUGGUGAAUAUUGUGAUUCUUCAAAUAGUUAUCUUAGUGCUCAAGCUGUUCAUAGUGAUCAAUCAGAAGAUAGUAGUCUUACAGACAGUGAAAGGACAUUAGUUGGUGAUGAAUUAUCUCCAAGAAAUAAUUCUCCAGAUCUUAUGUGUAAUGAAAUUGAAAAUGAUCCUGAACCUCAUCAUAAAGUGAGUGAAUUAUUAAAUGGUACUAAUGCUGCAAAUAUUAUUGUAACUAAACGAAUUGAAUAUGAAAGUGUCUGUAAUAGUAGUAGUAGUUGCUCUCCAGAUAAUGAACCUUGUGAAGAUGACAGAAAUCUUUCUUCUCCUGAAGAAAAUACAAGAGAUUAUAACAAAGCAGAGAAAGAUUCUUCUGAAGUCUGGCAGUCAGAUGGUUUUUAUCUUGGUGAACAAGCAAAAAAUGAAAUAGUGAAAAGAUAUUUUAGAGCUUGGCCUUACACUGAUAUUGAAACUGGUGAAAAAAUGCUUAGAGUAUAUGUGGAUAAACGAAUUACACUUGGAAAUUUAAAGAAAGAACUUGAACGAUGGAUUGGAGUAGCUGCACAAUAUUUUAAGAUUUACAGAUUAUAUUCGAACAAUCAAGAAUUUGAAUGUAUGAGGAUGGCAGAAAAUUUAACACAAUAUGGUGAUGACACUAGGCUGACAGUUAAGCUUGGGCGAGUGUUAGGAAAAGGAGAAUACCAUGUAAAAAUAUAUCAAUUGUUGAUAAAUGAACAAGAACCUUGCAAAUUCUUAAUAGAUUUUGUAUUUUCACGUGGUAUGACUGUAUUACAAGCUAAGAAGGAAAUAUUGCCUGAAAUUAGAGAAAAAUGCUUUCUAGAUAUUCCAUUAAAUAGAUGUCGAUUAAGGAAAAAGAGUUGGAAGAAUCCAGGGACUAUAUUUUUAGACCAUUUAAAGUUUGAAGAUGAUAUACCAAUUACAACAAAUUGGGAAAUUUUCCUAGAAGUACUUACUGGUGCUGAACAAGUUACGUCAAAAUCUCAAGUUGCUGUGUUCUGUAGGAGGUGGAAUCCUUCAAAAUUUCAACUUGAUCCUUUUGAAGAAAUAAUUCUAGAAAAUAGAACUAUAAAUGAAUUAAAAUCAAAAUUAUCAGAAAUUAGCAAAAUCCCAAUUGAUAAUUUGGAAUUUGCAAAAGGACAAGGAACAUUUCCCUGUGAACCUUCUCUUCUCUCCAUCCAUACAGAUUUUGAUUGGCAUUCUCAAGCAUCAUCUUUAAACACUUGGCCUCUUUAUAUUAGUGAUGAUGGGCAUGUUAUUUUCUAUAGGGAUAAAACUGAAGAAUUAAAACAACUUUCAGAAGAAGAAAAACGUCAAAUAUCUAAUAAAGAAAACACUAGAAUGUAUGAUACAGUAAAAGAUUUUUGUCUUCUUUUAAGAUGUCGAUUAAGGAAAAAGAGUUGGAAGAAUCCAGGGACUAUAUUUUUAGACCAUUUAAAGUUUGAAGAUGAUAUACCAAUUACAACAAAUUGGGAAAUUUUCCUAGAAGUACUUACUGGUGCUGAACAAGUUACGUCAAAAUCUCAAGUUGCUGUGUUCUGUAGGAGGUGGAAUCCUUCAAAAUUUCAACUUGAUCCUUUUGAAGAAAUAAUUCUAGAAAAUAGAACUAUAAAUGAAUUAAAAUCAAAAUUAUCAGAAAUUAGCAAAAUCCCAAUUGAUAAUUUGGAAUUUGCAAAAGGACAAGGAACAUUUCCCUGUGAACCUUCUCUUCUCUCCAUCCAUACAGAUUUUGAUUGGCAUUCUCAAGCAUCAUCUUUAAACACUUGGCCUCUUUAUAUUAGUGAUGAUGGGCAUGUUAUUUUCUAUAGGGAUAAAACUGAAGAAUUAAAACAACUUUCAGAAGAAGAAAAACGUCAAAUAUCUAAUAAAGAAAACACUAGGUUAAACAAAUUACUUAAAGUUAAUUAUUCACCAAGGAAAGAAAGAGCAUUGAAAAUUUAUACUGACAGUUCACCAAGCAGUACAAACAGCAAUAGUUCAAAUUCAGUUUCAACAUCAAAAACUAUAGUUCCAGAUCUUGAUUAAGUAAGCCAACAGAAUGCUGCAUAAUUCUCAAUGCCAAAGCAUAUCAAUGAGUGGCUUGGAUGUACUCAAAUUUGUGUUGUUAUUCCCUCAGUCAUUAGUUAAAGAGACUGCCUUUUUUAAGGCACCUACUGGAAGUGCCUGUAGUCAAGUACAUUCAAUCUUUUAUCAUUGAAUAAUUUAGUUUAUUCUUAUGGCUGUUUUUUAUGUUUAAAAACAAUGAUAUUUAUAUUCAACUCCCAGAAUGUCUUAUUAAUGUACAUGAAAGUAUUAGACAACUUUUUUUCAUCUUUAAAAAGUAAUAGAUGGUGUUACCUUCAGAAAAUAAAUUUACAUGCUGUUUCUUUAGGUUGUGAUGUCAGAAUGAGCAUUUUUGUAGUUUAAAAAUGAUAAAAGACACCCAACUGUUUAUAAAAUUCUGUUGCCUAUUGUAUAUUCAUAUACAUUUUGCUCAGGUGUAAAGAUUGAACUGUAAUAUUUAUAAAAGUCAAAUUACAAAUUUUGUUUAAAAAUUGCAGUUAGACCAUUGUAUGAGCUUUGUUUUCUGCAUAUAAAGAUUCAACAGAAGAAUGAAAAAGGUGUAUAACACCAAUUAUACAGUUCCAAAAAGUUACUUUGAAAAGUGCCUGUAAUUUGGAUUUCGUUAUGAAAUUCAAAAAGUCAUUUGAUUUAUUGUAUCUCAUAUAUCAUCAUCCUGUUCUCUUAAUAAGAAUUGAAGAUGUUAAAGUUGGUAAUUUGCUUAUUAAUUUUGUGCGCGAUAUUGAAAUUGUCUUGCAUAAUAUUCAUAUAUUAAUUAUAUAUAAAUGUUAAUAUUUAUUUGGAUAGAUAACAAAAAUUCUUGGAAACAGGAAACAUGUUUUGGCUGUAACUUUUCAUUUUUAAUCUUUGAAAUUCAACUUGUUUAUAAAAUUAUUUGAGCAAAAAAAUAUAAGAAAAAUUUCAUUUUAAUAAUGCAAAUACUGAUUCAACAAUAAAAAGGAAGUGCUUAACUGUUUAUUAAAUAAAUUUUCAUUGUUAUUUAUUUAUUUAUUUUUUUUCUACUGGCUAUUAUUGUCAGGUGUUAGGAAUGAAUUAGUAGUCAGCAGGCCUGGCUGAUGUAGCAACAUAUAAACAGAAGAAAAGAAAUUUUUAAAUUUUGUGUUUUGAUACUGAUUUUUACAAAGUUAUUUAAUAUAUUAUUCUGAAUUUUUUUGUUAUUUUUAUUCUCAUUAUUAUCAUCAUCAUC